AUGGGGCUUUCUUUCCGAACAACUGAAGAUAGCUUAAGGAAUGCUUUUGAACAGUUUGGGAAGCUUGUACUUGUGAACUUGGUGAUGGAUAAAGUAGCUAACAGACCAAGAGGAUUUGCUUUCCUGCGGUAUGAAACAGAGGAGGAGUCAAUGAAAGCUAUUGAAGGGAUGCACGGAAAGUUUUUGGAUGGAAGAGUUAUAUUCGUGGAGGAAGCUAAACCAAGAUCAGAUAUUCAAAGAGCUAAACCAAGAUCAGAUAUCAACAGAGCUCAAUCCAAACCUCGCACCUUUCGCACGUGGUUUAACGUUAUUUCCUUUUCCGAGACGGUUCACCCCAACCUCUACUAA